GGGAGGGAGGCAGCCGCCACUCACCACGCACACGCUCGUGCCUCCCUGGCCGAGCUGGGUGCCCGAGCUGAAACUUGGAGAAAGCACCGCUGAGAAGUGCUCUCACCUGGUCCGCACGGCUGCAGGGACCCUUCAAGGAGCCCAAGCAGAGCAAAGCAAUGAUUUCCUCUCCGGGGUGCAUGAACCAGAGCAGUGCUGACGCAAGGGACCAACACAAGGCACGGGCUGCCAAAGGACCAUCCAAAAUGCAGUUACUAAGGCAAAAUUUCACAAGCAAGUGAUUAGUUUUACAAACACAGCUGACCUUUAGAAAUUCUCAGGAAAGACACUUUCUUCGUGCCCUCCCAGUGCACUUUUUACCGCAAGCCUGUAGGAACUCAGUGCCUUUAGACAUCCUAUCCAUAAGAUAUGUAGUCACCCUCAGGGGCUGGAGGACGGAGGCAGGCAGGGACUGGUGUUCCUAGCUUCCAAAGGACUUUCCAAUUCAGGUCUAAAUGGGCUGGAGCACCUAGCAAGCAGCAGACACACUCACAGCCAGGAGGGAUCCAAGAGGGGCUGCUCAAAGGACCUUCCCCCACUGCAGCUCUGACUUGGCCUUGUCUUUCCAGGUUCUCCCUGGGAGGCAGCAAACCUCUGUCCCAGUUGCAGCACUACCAACGGGGAAGGCACAUAGCCCAGUCUCCUCCUUACUGUUUCCAACACAAAUGCACAGAAGAAGCAACAGAAAAAUGAAAUCACACAAAACCUGACCCCACUCUCUCCUCAGAGGAAAGGAAAAAGCAAGAGAGGAUAAAGGAGCAGCUGAGACACAUCAACAGCAGCUGCAGAGGAUCAGCUCCAGCACUGAGCUCCAAGGUGGGGUCAAUGAGCACAAGCAAUUUGCAGGUCUACAUCUUUCCCUAGACUAUGUCAUUCCUAGCAUACCAGGUUGAGCAUGUGAAGUGACUGUAAUGUUCUCUAGGGUUGUUGUAGGCACAGAGUAAGUUUGAAAAGCACUCCAAAGUUGCCUGGUAGAGGCUUACUCCAAGUAGCCACGGAGAGCAGGACAUCUCCAUCCAUGCCACUUCACUAUGGAUCCAUGCCACAACCUCACAAGCCCUCCAGAACCCAUGGAAUUCCACCUGCAGGUGCUGGUCGGGUCCUUCCUUGCCAUCCUCAUUAUGUUUACUCUCUGCGGUAACAUCGUUGUCUGCCUGGCUGUCACCUUUGAUCGUCGGCUCCGCAGCCUGACGAACUGCAUCAUCGUCUCCUUGGCCAUCACUGACCUGCUGCUGAGCCUCCUAGUGCUGCCGUUCUCCGCCUUCUAUGAACUCACCCACGAGUGGCCCUUUGGAAGUACUUUGUGCAACAUCUACAUCAGUCUGGACGUCAUGCUGUGCACAGCUUCCAUCCUCAACCUCCUCAUGAUCAGCCUGGACCGGUACUUUGCAGUCACCACCCCGCUCCGCUACAGCCAGCUGGUCACUCCCUCCCGGGUGACUGUGGGCUUGGUCAUUAUUUGGGCGGUUUCACUGAUGGUCUCCUUCCUACCAAUCCACUUGGGCUGGAACACUGAUGGGACAGCGGUGCAAAACACAGCUUCCAACUGCAGCAAGGAGUGCAAGCUGGAGGUGAACCCAGUGUAUGGGCUUGUGGACUCCUUGCUCACCUUCUAUAUCCCUUUGGUCAUCAUGUGCAUCACCUACUACCGAAUAUUCAAGAUAGCAAGGGAGCAGGCCAAGAGGAUAAACCAUACGUGGUACUGCAGCAGCAACACCCCCAUGCCGCCCAUCGUGAAAGAGCACAAAGCCACAGUGACUCUUGCAGUCGUUUUGGGAGCGUUCAUUGUGUGCUGGUUCCCCUAUUUCACAGUGUUCACUUACCGGGGGAUGUGGGGGGACAGCAGCGUGAAAGGCACACCCAUGUCCAUCGUCCUCUGGCUGGGCUAUGCCAACUCAGCCCUGAACCCCAUCCUCUACGGCACUCUCAACAGGGAUUUCCGGGUGGCGUACCAGCAUUUGCUGCACUGCUGGAAGACAGGGGGCCCCCAGGGCUCCUGCCUGCCUUCCCUCCGCAAGGCCCAGCCCAGGGGCAGGGGCUGCCAGCAGGGCCCAGCCGGGCAGGAGAGUAAGCCUCUGAGGCUGGAGAUGAGGAACGGGAAGGGGAUCUUGCUGGCUGACGGAGCACUUGAGAGCACUGGUGCUUCACCCUGAGCCUCAGCCAGCCCGAGGACAUGUGUUUUGCAGCCUUGGACUCCCGGCUGCCCUCUUCCAAAAUCCUGCAAGGACAAAGCUAGAUUUUCCCCAGGGGGAAACUGCGAGGCAGAGGCAGGGACU